AUGUCCGUGGGCGUGUCUCGGAGUGCGAGAAAUCAGACAACUCAACAAGUCAAAGAUAAAACAGUUCAGUCGGUAUCAAUUGAUUCAUUAGCUCAAAUUCGAUCGUAUAAGAAAAUAUUAAUAUUUAAAAUCGAUACAGAGGGUGCUGAGAUAGGAGUAUUAUUAAGUUCUCAGAAAUUGUUAGCACGAAAACGUGUGGAACAUUUUAUUAUUGAAAUAAUAAACCAUGACUGGAAAGAUCUAGGUGUGAAGGAUGAACGAAUUGGAUUAAACAUCUUUUACAACUUGCAGAAAGAUUAUAUAGCAAUAUUAUUGAAUAACGAAGAAUAUUCUGCAGAAAUAUUAGGAUGGCCAGUCGACGAUGGCCAAGAAUUUCUUGACAUCGUUGGUUCAAGAUUUAUUAUACCAGAAGGUGAAAAUGGUUUUCCAAUAUUAUUAGAGAAUAGAAAACAUAAACAAAGAGGUUGUAACGUUUGGUUCAGAAAGAAAAAACAACUUUUAUACUAG